GACAGUCAACGCAAAAUCACAUAGAGGAUGGAGACAGUUGUCACUCUGGCGGACGUGUAAUCUUCAGUUUUCAGUUCCACUAUUUCCCAUGCGGCCACUUCUGUUUUUCCCAAAUUAAGGCGUGAACCCUCAGCCCCCCUUUCAAUCGACCAGAAACACAAAAGCUCCUCUUGUACAAGCAGCUGCGUGGUCACCAUGACGAUGGUUGUCAUGAUGCAGAUGUAGCUACCUGAAGGUGCGCGGCGAACGACGCGGGAUGGGCAGCACUCCGUAUCCAGGUGGCGAGUGGAAGGGGAAGAGCAAGGGGGGUCUUCAGGAGCUGGGUUGCAUGCCCUGGAAGGUCAGCAAGCAGAAAUGCGCGGGCGGGGUCGCGAGAGCAGAGGAGCGCAAGUGCGGGGAUCCGCCGCAGGAUAUUCCCACCUUCUCUUGCACGCUCACCACGCCGCAGCUUCCCCGAGCCUCGGCCACGCGCGCGACGAUUUACCACGAGAAGCAGUGGCGGGAGCUGUGCGCCCUGCACGCGCUCAAUAACGUCUUUCAGGACGGGUCAGCCUUCAGCAGGGACACCUUGCAGGAGAUCUACCAGAGGCUUUCCCCCAGCACUCUGGUGACGCCUCACAAGAAGGGAAUGCUGGGAAACGGGAACUACGACGUGAACGUCAUCAUGGCCGCCCUGCAGACACGAGGCUUUGAGGCCGUUUGGUGGGAUAAAAGGAGGGACGUCGGCAGCAUCGCGCUGUCCAACGUGACCGGCUUCAUUCUCAACGUUCCGUCCAAUUUGCGCUGGGGGCCUCUGCAGCUGCCGCUCAAACGCCAGCACUGGAUCGGGGUCCGAGAGGUGGCGGGGGUCUACUACAACCUGGACUCCAAGCUGCGUGGUCCUCAACCCAUCGGCAGUCCAGAUGAGCUCAGGAAGUUCCUCCGCCAGCAGCUGCGAGGGAAGAACUGUGAACUUCUGUUGGUGGUGUCGGAGGAAGUGGAGGCGCGACAAACGUGGCGGUCAGACAGCUGAGGACUCGAGCAGCCAAUCACAGCCACGCUUGGCCCUGCGAUUGAGAUUUAUUCACUGGUGGAUGUUUUUUUUUUUUUUUUUUUUUUUUUUUUCUUUUUCUCCCCUCUCUCUUCCUUCCCCUUUGGGGGCGAGGGGGUGUUUACACGAUCAAUUGCUGGACUCUACAGAACGGAUUGCAAAGCAAAUGAAGAAAGCAAACAGUUUCCAGGGAGGAUCAGUGAAUGACAGCUCUUUACUUCAAAGAAGAUAUUAUUCAAUUUCUGCUCUUUUUGCUUUUUUUGUACAACAUAACUUGACUAUUUUUCAGUCGGUUGUGAUCUGCUGGUUUCUAUUUUAUUUUAUUUUUUAUUUUUUUUUUUUUUUUUACG